AUGGCUCCUCCUGCUCAGAAUGGGCCUGAUGGCUCAUCAAUUAAACCUGUCUCUUCCUUGAGGGCGAAGUUCGAGAACAUGAAUAAAAACGGCGAAUCCGCCGCCACAGCGCCUGGCCCCUCUCCACCCCGAACCAUCUCGCCGGGCCCGAAGCCAGAAUUCCAUCCAGAUGCGAAAGCGUCCUCCGAAAGCCUGCCAGUCCCCCCGAGACCGCGAGAGCGUGCGAACAUACCGGCGCCGUCACUCCCCCCUCCCUUGCACGAGCCCGUCCCUCGUUCGCCCGGUCGAUCCCUGGGCAUUCCUCCUACUUUGAAACCCGAGCCGGUGAAGGCCCCCUCCGUCAUGGUUGAGCCUCCACAAUCACCUCCCAAGAAUACCGUCUCGAGGUUCGCGCACGCCGAGGCGCCGGCGUUCCUGAAUGCUGACCCCGGCUCCUCUACCCCCACCACUCCAACAACUUCGCGGAACUUCAAGAUGCAAAGCCGGCCACACACCCCGUCUCUCGAGCCGCGGCGCUCACCCAGACUUUCGGCCUCCCAGCCACCUUCACCACCGCCACCGAGAAGGUCAGGGGAGAUUCGUAGAGAAAACAGGCCUGCUGUGCCCCCACCAAUCAACCGGGCGGAGAAACCAUCGGUGCGAUCACAGGCGAAGCCUCAUUUUUAUACCGAACAACAGUUAGCCGCUGAUGGUAGGGGUAAGCUCCGUCAGGAGACUUCGCCGUUUAGCAGCCCGCCCGGAAGUCCCGACAGCCUACAUGAACCAACGCCCCCCACGCUGCCCACCAGGCCGAAAGCGCAUUUCACACAGACGGAGCCGCCUCCGCCCCAGCGCGGCAGACCGUUAGAUGUGGGAUUCGCUCCGCCACCCGUUCACCACUCCAUUGUUACGAAACGGAAUCAGCGGGAACAGGAAACGAACGGUUUUGUCAAGGGGCAGAUUACACCGCAGAUCACUGGCGACCGGCCGAGCGUGCCCGCACUUCCCGCGAGACCGCAGACGGUUGCAGAGCCUCCACCGCGGCCGCCAGUGACCAUGAAGCCACCCCCACGGCCUCCGAGGCCGGGAACCAAUACACCUGCUGCUGCACACUCGGUUUCCGAGCUCCAGCCUCCACCGAAACGUAUUGUUUCGACCCCUGCGACACAUCCGCCGCCCCCGACGAGGUUGCCGGGGCGCGCGAACACGGUAACGGACCGGACGUCAGAGAGGGUCGCACCUCGACCGCCACCUCCACAGCCGCCUCAGCCCGAGCCAACAAUGUCUUUGAUUCCUUCUAGUAGUAACUCCAAAGUUGAGAUUAAUGGCUCCACGCCAAACUUUCCGGACCCAGCAAACGUCAACCGGAGACCGCCGUAUAUCAAGCAGGGUAUGCACGAGAUCCAAACCAAGUAUGACCCGCGCACAUUUGACGUUUGUGGAGACCUCAUCUGCACGACUGGCCACCUCACGCGUGUGUGGAGCCUCCGCGACGGCGAGCUGUUGAUGAGUUUCGCCCAUGGUGAGGGCAUCAAGGCAACAACGGUGGCUUUCAAACCGGGUACGAACGUAGACGAAGAAGGUAAGCGAUUGUGGAUCGGCAACAACUUUGGCGAGCUCAUGGAGGCCGAUAUCGCCACGCAAAGUGUGAUUGCGAACAAGCCAGGGGCUCACGGACGACAUGAGGUUGUCAAGAUCUACCGUCACUUCAACGAGCUGUGGACAUUGGACGAAACAGGUGGCCUACUCGUCUGGGGUCCGGAUGAAACGAGCACACCGAACCUGACGAACAACCCGCACCAGGCCUUCCGACUGCCCAAGGGCCAUUCGUUCUCAAUGGUCGUAGGAGACGAGCUGUGGCACGCGACCGGCAAGGAGAUUCGCGUGUUCGCUCCAACGUUGGACGGACAAUCUCAGUUCCAAGUUCUGGUCCGCGCUCUCAUGCAGGACACUGCAGGCGAAAUAACUUCGGGGACCCAAGUGCGGUCGCAACCAAGCAAAGUGUUCUUUGGCCACGCCGAUGGCAAAGUGUCUAUUUACAGCACACAUGACUUUUCCUGCCUCGGCCUUGUAAAUUUGAGUUCCUGGAAGAUCAACACUCUGGCAGGUGUUGGCGAUCAUUUAUGGGCAGGGUUUAACACCGGCAGGGUCGGUGUCUAUGACAUGCAGUCAACGCCUUGGGCUGUCAAGAAAGACUGGCAAGCUCACGACAAGAACCCGGUCGUCAAGCUCGUCUCAGAUGUGUCGAGCUGCUACCGACUAGACCGCCACCAGGUCGUCUCACUCGGUGCCGACAACAUGGUCCGUGUCUGGGACGGUCUACUGCAGGAUGACUGGCACGAGACGGAGAUGAAGGCAAUGGACACGCAGUACUGCGAGUUCCAGGACCUCAAGGUCUUGUGUAUGACCUGGAACGCGGGCGCUUCAACGCCUCACAGUCUGCGAUACGCGCAGGAGGACGCCGAGUUCAUCAAGAGUCUGCUUACGGCCAACAGCUCUCCUGACAUUCUUGUGUUUGGAUUUCAAGAGCUCGUGGACUUGGAAGACAAGACGGCAACAGCUAAACGCUUCCUAAAGGUCAAGAAGAAGGAGGGUUCCGAUCAGGAGCGUAUGAGCCACCAAUACCGUGACUGGAGAGACUUUUUGCUCAAGAGUCUCGACGAUUACAUGCCGCCGGACUGUCUGUACCAUUUACUGCACACGGCCACACUUGUUGGGCUGUUCACGUGCAUCUUUGUUAAGUCAACACUUAGAGAUCGUAUACAGAACCUCAGCGCGGCAGAGGUCAAGCGUGGCAUGGGCGGCUUGCAUGGAAACAAGGGCGCCAUCGUGGUGCGGUUCAUGGUGGACGACUCAUCCCUCUGCUUCAUCAACUGCCAUUUGGCGGCAGGUCAGUCACAAGCCAACAGUCGCCACAACGAUGUGGCCGCUAUCCUCGAGGCCCAAAUACUGCCACCAGAGCGGGACCUCAACGCUCGUAUUGAUAGCUUUGUUGGGGGCGGAGACGGCACCAUGAUCUUGGAUCACGAGCUGUGUCUGCUCAACGGUGAUCUCAACUACCGUAUCGAUACGAUGUCUCGCGAUACGGUUGUCAUUGCUGUCAAGCAAAACAAUCUGGCUAAACUUCUUGAGCGGGACCAGCUCCUCGUGGCGAAGCGGCGCAACCCAGCCUUCAAAUUGAGAGCAUUCGAAGAGAUGCCGAUUACAUUCGCGCCAACCUACAAGUACGAUGUUGGUACUGAUAACUAUGACACGAGCGAGAAAAAGCGCGCGCCGGCAUGGUGCGACCGCCUAGUGUAUCGCGGGGGUGGCAGGAUCAAGCAGAUAGACUACAAGCGACACGAAGUGCGAGUAUCCGAUCAUCGGCCGGUCACUGGCCGAUUCAAGUUCACAGUGAAGAAGAUCCAGCCAAAAGCGCGAGCGAUGGCAUGGAUGGAUUGCCAGCAGAGGUUCGAGGACCUCAAACGGCACGAGAUCAACGAUGACAAGAUGUUGUACUUGACAAGUGUCAUUGGCUAUGAUGAAGCCACAGCUCGAGUCAUUCUCCAGCCCUCAAACGACCGCAGAGACGCAUGA